CUUUGACAGGAGGAAGUAGUGACGUGAGAAACCUGGGGUCGUUUCAGGAGGUUUACUUGAUAUAAAAUAACGUCUGUAAUGUAAGGCCGUUAAACCACAAGCUGAGGAAAGAUAUGCCUUAAUGUAUUUCAUUCCUGAGGCCAGCAUUAGGGAGACUUCUCGUCCAUACGUCAUCCAGAUGAGGCAUGCUGGAAGCAUGCAGCCCAUGUAUAGAAGAAAUGCUGGAGUCUGGCACCAAACAAGAAGUCUUCUAUACAAGAAUCUGCUCAUCAAAUGGAGGACCAAGCAACAGAGUCUUCAGGAAUUGAUCUUACCUCUGUUACUGCUGGGUCUCCUGAUACUCAUCAGCACCCUCAACCCUCAUGUUUACUAUGGAGGCAUCAGCACUAUGGAGCUGGAGCGGGAUGAGCACUUCUUCAAAGGCUUGGGCUACACACCAAUCACUAACAUCACUAACCACAUCAUGGAGGAGGUGGCCCAGGAGAUGCACAUGCAGGAUCGUUUGGAGAUGUUUGCCAGUGAGGAGGACCUGGAGAAUGCCAGCCUGUAUGAGCCGUCCAGCUAUGUUGGUGUUGUGUUCAUGGACAGCUCUGCCACGUCUUACAGACUUCGUUUCCCGUACAACCAGCUGCCCCUGCCGAGCGAUUACACAGAAUCUAUUGCCAACUGUUUUACCAGCUCAGUGAACUGCAGAGCAGCUAAUUACUGGUACUCUGGCUUCAUCCGCCUCCAGUCUCUGAUCGAUGCAGCCAUCAUCCAGAUGCAGACGAAGCGGUCAGUGUGGAGUGAGAUGGACCUGAAGGUGGUUAUGAUGGGUCAGCCAGGUUCUGUGGAGGUGCAGAAAUUCCCCCACGCCCUCAUCUCCAUAUACCUUGUCCUGGCCUUCACACCCUUUGUGACCUUCCUCAUCGUCAACGUGGCAGCUGAGAAGGAACACCGUCUCAAAGACACCAUGACCAUGAUGGGACUCUAUGACACGGCCUUCUGGUUGUCAUGGGGCCUCCUGUAUGCUGCACUGGUGACCAUGAUGUCCAUCCUGAUGUCCAUCAUUGCUACGUACACGGCGCUGUUCCCUAACAGUGACUUCUUUGUCAUUUUCUUCCUCAUCUUCCUCUAUGGAAUAUCAUCUAUCUUUUUCUCCUUCAUGCUGACUCCGUUAUUUAAGAAGCCCAAGUUUGCCAGCACAGUGGGCUCGAUGCUGACAGUGGUGUUCGGUUGCCUGUCGCUGUUCACUGUGCUGAUGAAGGACUUCCCACAGCCGUUGGUCUGGCUCCUCUGCCUGCUCUCCCCCAGCGCCUUCUCAAUCGGGAUUGCACAGGUGGUUUACCUGGAGGCUCAGGGAGAUGGUGCUGUGUUUUCUUCCUUGGCCAAUGGCCCUCAUCCUCUUUACGUACCCCUGAUCAUGCUGGUUCUGGACUGCAUCCUCUACCUUUUGUUGGCUGUCUACCUGGACCAGGUGCUGCCUGGUGAGUUUGGAAUGAGGAGGUCCCUGUUGUACUUCCUGAAACCAUCCUAUUGGUCCAAACGCACAAAGCGCUACGUUGAAGUGAGCUCAGUAUACGACGCAGAAGUGAACGGGACUCCUGGUGGAGACGAGUCUAUUGAACCUGUUUCACCUGAGUUCAGAGGGAAAGAAGCCAUUCGCAUCAACAACAUCCGGAAAGUGUACAAAGAGAAGGACAACGUGGUGGAAGCUCUAAGAGGUCUGACAUUUGACAUCUAUGAGGGCCAGAUAACGGCUCUGCUGGGACACAGCGGGGCUGGAAAGUCCACUCUCAUGAACAUCCUGUGUGGCAUCUGUCCGCCCACUAACGGCUCCGCCACCAUCUACGGCUCCCCGGUAGCAGAGAUUGCAGAUGGGUCUGAAAUGAAGCAGCUGGUGGGAAUCUGCCCCCAGUUCAACAUAAUCUUUGAUGUGCUGACUGUGGAGGAGCACCUGAGGAUAUUUGCCGCCAUCAAAGGGAUCCCACCAGCAGAUAUUGACGCAGAGGUCACCAAAGUGCUGAAGGAUCUGGACUUGGAAAAGAUCAUGACUGCUCAGGCUAAGAAUCUGAGUGGAGGCCAAAAGAGGAAGCUGUCUGUGGGCAUCGCCAUUCUGGGAGAUCCCAAGAUCCUGCUCCUGGACGAGCCCACAGCAGGAAUGGACCCGUGCUCCAGACACCAGGUGUGGUCGCUGCUGAAGAACCGCAGAGCUGGCAGAGUCACUGUCCUCAGCACACAUUACAUGGAUGAGGCUGACAUCCUCGCUGAUCGCAAAGCUGUGAUCUCUCAAGGACAGCUGAAAUGUGUUGGCUCUUCGCUGUAUCUCAAGAUCAAGUGUGGUGUUGGAUAUCAUCUCAGAAUGUCUGUCAAUGAGAGAUGUGAAGCUGAACAGAUCACCACAAUGGUCCAGCAGCAUGUUCCCAAAGCAAAGUUGUCUCGGCAACAUGAAGCAGAGUUGACUUUCACUCUGCCUUUUGAGAGCUUGGACACAUUUGCAGGCUUGUUCUCACAGCUCGAUUGUCAACCUGAUCUGGGAAUUAUCAACUAUGGGGUUUCCAUGACAACACUGGAGGACGUUUUCCUUCGUUUGGAGGCAGAGGCUGAAGUGGACCAAGCUGACUACAGUGUGUUUAAUCGGGAACAGGCUGAGGAUGAGGGCGACAACGCCUCUCUGGAUGAUACAGACCAGCGGCUGCUCACGUUCUCCGACAACAAGUCAGAUGUUGUGUCAGGUCAUGCUUUGUGGCGGCAGCAGUUCAGCACUGUGGCCUGGCUGCACAUGCUCAACAUGCGCAGAGAGAGGAAGGCCUUUGUUUACACUCUGGCCUUGUUCCUGGUGUUUGUCGCUGCAGUGCUCGUCCUGUCUCUGGCCACAGGAAACAUCCAGAUUCACUCACCAGACCGUCAGUUUCUGCCCAUUUACCUCCUCAAAAGGAACCAGUCUCCCCGGAGAUACAGCACUAGCCUCCUGGUUCAGAACUCCUCAGGCUCCGAUAUUUCUGACUUUAUCCACAACCUGGAGUCUCAGGACAUCAAAGUGGAAAUGAUGAAACACGGUGACUACAUGGCCGCCGCCCCCCACAGCGCCGCCAUCAACGUCACGGGAUCCAGCAAGGGUUUCAGAUACAGUGUUGCGUUCAACAGCACCACAGUCCACUCCUUGCCUAUGGCUGUCAAUAUACUGAGCAACGCUCUUCUAAGAGGCCUGAAUGGUACUGGACACAUCCGAACCUGGACCAAACCGUUUGAUUAUCAAAUCCCAGAUGCGACGUCCUACGCUCUGGUGUACAUAGAGGCCAUUAUACUGGGAAUGCUAGCAGCUGGAAUGCCUGCAUACUUUGCAAUGGACCACACACGAGAUCGAGAGAUCAAGUGUCGCUCUACACUGCGUAUCUCUGGUCUGGUACCAUCAGCCUACUGGUGUGGUCAGGCAGCGGUGGACAUCCCCUUCUACUACCUCAUCCUGUCCUGCAUGACCAGCAUCCUCUUCUGCUUCCACACUGGAAACUUGCUCACCUCCAGCAACCUCACCGCUGUGGUCCUGUGUACCGUUGGCUUCGGUCCUGCCAUGAUCCUCUUCACUUAUGUGUUUUCUUUUGGCUUCGCCCGAGUCCAGAGCAACAAGGAUUUCUUCUCUGUCAUCUCCAUGAUGGUGUGUGUGGUAUCAGCCUCGCUGGUUCAGUUGUCGUUUGUGAACGACAACCCUGGGCUGACCCGAAACCUGCACAACCUCUUGUGUUUCUUCAACCCUCUGUACCCUCUCAUGGGCUGCCUCAACUGCAUCACCAAGGCGACCUUCCUCCCUUCUCUCUACGAGGAAAACUUCUUGUGGAAGAACCUGCUCAUUGCAGUUGUAGCUCCCUAUCUCCAGUGUAUCCUGCUGCUUUUCCUGCUUCGUUGGCUUGAGAUCCAUUACGGAGGGAGGACUAUGAAAAAUGAUCAGUUCUGCAGGAUCUCGUCCAAGGCAAAGCCCAAAGUGGAGAAGAACCCAGAAGAAGGGCUGAACGAGGAUGAGGAUGUACAGAUGGAGAAGGCCAGAGUUAAGGAGGCCCUCACCUGCCAGUCCUGCGAGGAGAAACCAGCUGUGGUGGUGAGUAACCUGAGAAAGCAGUACAAGGGCAGAAGAGAAGGUUUUUCUCUCAACAAGAGGAGGAAAGUGGCCACAAAGAACAUUUCUUUCUGUGUGCGCAAAGGUGAAGUUCUUGGACUGUUGGGCCCCAAUGGAGCAGGAAAAAGCACCGUCAUGCACAUGUUGUCAGGUGACACUGACCCCACUGCAGGCCAGGUGCUGAUGGGAGACUAUAGUACAGAGUUACGUCCAGUGGACAACCCUCUGGAGCAUGUGGGCUACUGUCCGCAGGUGAACCCUCUGUGGCCCCGGAUCACUCUGCAGGAACACCUGGAGAUCUACGCUGCCAUCAAGGGGCUGAGAGGCCAGGACGUACCAGGGAUCAUCAGACGUGUGGUGAACGCUCUGGAGCUGAAGGACCACUUGAACAAACAAGCCAAGAGCCUAUCAGCAGGCCUCAAGAGGAAGUUGUGCUUUGCCUUGAGUAUGAUCGGGAAUCCUCAGAUCGUCUUACUGGAUGAACCAUCGUCAGGGAUGGACCCCAAGUCUAAACAGCGCAUGUGGAGAGCCAUACGAGCUGCGUUCAAGAAUCGUCAGCGGGGAGCCAUCCUCACCACCCACUACAUGGAGGAGGCUGAGGCCGUGUGUGACCGUGUAGCCAUCAUGGUUUCUGGCCAGCUGAGGUGUAUCGGCUCGAUCCAACAUUUAAAAGGGAAAUACGGUCGAGGUUACAGUUUGGAGGUGAAGCUCAGAGAGGAGCUGACGGGGCUUCAGCAGGUGGCGCUGCUGCACAAAGAGAUCCUCCGGAUCUUCCCUCAUGCUGCCCGUCAGGAGAGCUUUGCUACUCUGAUGGUUUACAAGAUCCCCAUGGAGGAUGUCAAAUCACUGGCCAAGUCUUUCUCUCAGUUAGAGAGCGCCAAGCAAACCUUCAACUUUGAAGAGUACAACUUCUCCCAGUCAACCUUAGAGCAGGUGUUUAUGGAGUUUGCCAAGGAGCAGGAGAACGAGGAGGAUGAGAUGGGCUCCCUCAGCACAACCUUCCAGUGGCAGCGGCUGCGCCAGGACGGCGCCGUCUCAGUCAACCACACAGACAGCAUCGUGCACCAGCUUUGAACUCGUCUAUCAGAGGGAGCAGGCUGGUGACUGACCAGGACUAACCAAUACCGACCCGCCGGGCUUCAGCGCCUGAAGGCUCACGCCAGCACGCGCCCGCUCCACGCAAACGAACCCCCACCGCCUUGAAACGAACGCGACAGACCUGGGUGGGGGCCCACAUACACUGAAGACUGACUGUGUGUGUAAUCUGGGCUGGGGGCUGUCAUUGCUCCUCUCUGUGGGUCUGAGGUGUGCAUGUGUGUAACCCUCGUCCACUGGUGCUCCGUGUUUUCUGAACCGCUCUGACCGAAGGGCCUGCAGUCUUUCUGGACACGCUGAUGCGACACCUACUCCUCUUUCUAACAGUGUUUUUUAUCUUCACAGGGAAUCAGUAAAUGGAAAAAAAUAUAUAUAAUAUGUAAUAUUUAUGCUUUGUAACCCUUUCCAUCCGUCCUCCUGUGUGGGAGGAGUAACAGUAAGUACGUUUGCUCGUCUCUUCAGGUGUUUUUGUCUGUUGUGUUUGUGAAACUGUUUUUAAACACUACCAGAAAUGGAAUCCAUCCACAAUUGAACCAAAGCAGCACAUCUCUGAACCACACACUAUCACACCUCUUCACACAUUGACACUGAGAAGUACUUUUGGUUUUUAGUGUCAGUAGCAUGUGCAUUAGUAGUUUGCAUAAUAGUUCUAUUAUUGAUGUGGGGCAGUGGAAUAAAUGCCUGUUUGUUAACACACUGGAGAAGAGAUAUUAGUCCUCCACAGAGUCUUUAUAAAGCCCCAUAUAAUUAUCAAGUGUUUUUCCUCUGGGGUUGAAGAGCAGAGUCCCUUGUCCUCGUUUUCCACCACCGUGCACGUCUCCAUGUCUAGACCCACAUUGAAACUCUGGGUGUUUCAGCAUGCACGCUCAAGUGGAGCUUGAUUAUUUAGAGAUGUGGCAGACGGAUGUUGGGAUGAGGAUAUCGGACAGAUGGUCUUUGAUCUGUGGCCUUCCUCUCUACAUGUUUAGCUUUGAAAUAGAACCCAUAGCUUGGGAAUGUAGUGUAGAAUAUGCACGCCAGUACAUGUAGCACACUGCCCUCAUCAGACGUUAGCCAGGGCCGAUCAGCCUCAAAUGUGGAGAGGUGGAGCUCGAGGUUGGGUUCAGAUCCAGAUUUGGAGGUGGGGGGCUUGUUGAUACGUCCUUUAUCUCUCAGCCAGGUUUUCUGAGGAUUUCUGACAAACAGAUUUUGAAUGUACGUUUGGCUUUGAGUGAGGAGAGGGUUUGAAACGCAGCAGUGACGCUCUGCGGAGCUCCUGUUGUCACUCUGUUUCACUUUGGUGCCACUUUUAAUCAUGCAGCUGUGUUUUGUUGUUUAGUGCGUGUGUAUGCGUGCGUGCGUGUGUGUGUGUGUUUACUGUGUUGUAUAUACUGUGUGUAGCUGCAACUGUUUUCUGCAUAGUCUUUAUAUGAGCAGGUGCGUUGUUGGUGCAAUACCUAUCAGCAAACCCAUAAAUUGUAAUUUUUCAGGUGAGAGGAUGACGUGGUUAAAGGGAAUUGAAGACACUUUGUAGAGAAAUAUGUGAUCUGUGGUGAUAUUUGUCUGAAUGAGGAGCUUCCUCUGACAGGCCGGUGGACAAAACAACAAGAACAGCUGACAGUCUAAUGUGUCUCAGUGCAGCAGCAACACAAACUCUGCUCUCUAAACUCAGCAAAAACACAUCAACACUACACGUGUUUGUUGCAGUCUGAUGAUUAAACUGUCAAGUGUGUGUCUGUUGCCGCUCCUCUGGAGGACACAAUAUCAUCUGUGGCAUUUUACUUGAAGUUCGUCUCCUUGUGACAGAGGAGAUGCUGGAGGUUUAUUUGAGGGUUUUUAAACAUAAAUUCUAGAUAUUUGAAUAAAAGUUAUUUUCUGUCCCAAGCUCAGUCACGUGUCCAUCUCUCAGACUCACAGCACAGAUAUUUUGUAGUGGUGGUUUUUCAUUUUUGCACAAGGUGUCUGGGACAAUUGACUUUCAUGUGUUUAUGCAGUAGCUUCCAUUUGUUUUAUUUGAUGCUUUUUUAACCUGCUACAUCAUGAUUUACUGAAGUUAGGUAAGAGCUGAUUUACAAAAUAUCAGACUCGUGUUUUGGGAAGAAGGUUUGUGUUUGUGAGGUUUUUGAAGAAAUAAGUCGGACGCUGAUUGAUUUUCUGAACAUGCACCACAGACUUCCACACAUGCACAUCAAAUACUCUUAAAGUGAGUUAGAGUAAUGCUUGAGGUUCUGAUUUAAAUGUGAAAACUUUAUUUAACCCUGGCAACAUUUAGUUUGCACUCAUGUAGCCCUGUUCCCUCAUUAAAUAAAAACACUGGCUCUGCAUUACUUUUUAUACGUGUGGCCAGGAUGGAUGGGUUUUUGGGAUGUCAUAUAUAUACUUUUUGUUUUCUCAAGUGAAAUGAAGGGUUUGUGUUCUCAGAAUUCUUUAAACUUUGUGGGCACUCCAACAUUCAUGUGUAUUCUGUGGGUCUGUCGGUCUCAGUAACAUGUAAUCAUUAAAACACAUUGGCUUUGCACUUCUCGUAUCCCUGCGCCCAGAACAAAAAGCAUCACAUCUCGUUAGAAGUAAUUCACACGAAGAAAACCAAAACAUUGUUUGGCUCUGUGGAAAGUGGAGCAUUUAGACAAUUGGCAUUGAAAGUGGAGCAGGUUUCAUUUUAUUUUCCUGGUGGUGGUAAAAUUGCACUAUUUCUGGGAAAUUUUAUAACCUUUCUUUAUAUUAUGCAAUCUUUGUAAGAUUCUGUGCACUGAUUUUAUUUUUUAAAGACUGUGGUUUAGCUGUGUGCUGUAUUUUCCUCCUGUAUCGCUGCCAUGUUUGGAUGGACACUUGUCAUUAAUGAACUCUGUGGUCUGUACACGACCUUUUCAUGAAUAAAUGUUAAUCCAAAUUAU